AUGGCGAAUCCAGAACACGGAAAUCAAACAUCUGACACAGAAUUCAUCCUCCUGGGAUUCGGGGAUCUCCCAGAACUGCAGCUCCUUCUCUUCCUGCUGUUCUUAGUGAUCUAUAUUGCGACUGUGGCUGGGAACAUCAUCAUCGUGAUGCUAGUUGUGGCUGAUCAACACCUUCACACCCCCAUGUAUUUCUUUCUGGGGAACUUGUCUUGUUUGGAGACCUGCUACACCUCCACCAUCCUGCCUAGGAUGCUGGCCGGUCUCCUGACUGGGGACAGGACCAUUUCCUACAAUGGGUGUGUCACACAAUAUUAUUUCUUUGGUUCUCUGCUUGGUACAGAAUGCCUUCUCCUGUCGGUGAUGUCUUACGAUCGGUAUUUAGCAAUAUGUAAUCCACUGCACUAUGCAGCUCGUAUGAGUGGCAGGGCCUGUCUCCACCUUGCAGGUGGCUCUUGGAUAGGUGGCUUCCUAUGUUGUGGCAUAACAACAUUUUCGAUAUCUCAUUUAUCGUUCUGUGGCCCCAAUGGUAUUGACCACUUUUUCUGUGAUCUCAUCCCCCUUAUAAAACUCUCCUGCAAUGACCAUCACCUGAUGGAAAUGUUUGCUUUCACUCUCAGCUUGAUUUUCUUACUGGUCCCAUUCCUGCUUACCUUGAUGUCCUACGUCUGCAUCAUCACCACAAUCCUGAGAAUUCCGUCCACCGCUGGAAGGCAAAAGGCCUUUUCCACCUGCUCCUCCCACCUCAUUGUGGUGAGCAUUUAUUAUGGAACUCUGCUGGUUGUCUAUAUGUUCCCAACCACCAAGAUCCUGAGUGACUUCAAGAAAGUUCUGUCUGUCAUCUACACAGUCCUGACUCCCCUGGUCAAUCCCCUCAUCUACAGCCUGAGAAACAAAGUGGUUCAGGAGGCCCUGAAGAAAGCCUUCAGGAAAAUCAAGUUUGGACCAUGCUAA